AUGGACCUCACUUCUCAUCAUGUCAACUAUCUAAUAUGGAGGUACCUGCAAGAGUCAGGUCAUGCCGAGGCAGCAAGGAUGCUCCAGCGUGCCUGGAAUCCUAAUCCACAGAGUCUACCGUUUGCACCAUACAUCAAGACUCAUGCGCUUGUGUCCCUUGUCCAAAAGGGCCUGCAGUAUCAUGAGAUUGAACAAUCGCUCGAUCAGGCAGGUCCCGAGCUUGGCCGCCACGUCGCGAUCCAUUCGGAGCCGCAAGCUUCUAACAGAUCUUUACAGGAUGGUAACCCAGUGCCCUUGACACCAUCAAAAUAUUUUUUUGGUCCGGCACCGUUCGAUGAGGAGUCGCUGAAACCCCGUAGUGACCCCGAUAAAGCGCUGGACGGGCUCGGCACCGACCAAGCGCCCCUGUCGCCGGGAAGCAAGGCCGAUCGAGAAGGCGCCAACGCGGUCAAUGGAGAUGUGGCCGCCGAAUCUACCUUAGCGGCCCCCAGUGCAAAGAAGAGUCGCAAGGGUAGCAGCACCGUUGAACGCCCCGAAGCCCCCGUCAAUGGCGACGAGGGUGCCAUGGAAAUCGACUCCAAUGGCAUUGCUCACGAGGCAGCAGUCAAAUCCCCGUCUCCCGGCGUGGAUGCAGACGGCGACGUGGGCAUGUCCGAGAGCCAGCAGGACCAUGCAGCGCUGUGCACCCUGACCACGGGUAAAAGCGUUGGCGUCCAGAUCACCCCCGCCAAGGCUGCCGACCUUAGCCCCGACACCACCGUGGUGGAUGUGGAUGUGGCGCGUGAUGACCACGUGACCCGCAUCGUGUGGCGCCCGCACGACUCGUCCGUCUUCGCCGCGGCCGGCGACUCCUUCUGUGGUAUCUGGAAGUUGUCUGCCCCGAACUCCCAGACCGGGUCAGCUCCAGCGUACGAGCUGCUGUUCGAUAGCCGGGGCGAUGGCAGCUUGGUGUCCGCCUUGUCAUGGGAUCAUUCCGGGCAGAAACUUGCCGUGGCCACCUAUAAUGACAUGCGUGGGUCUAUCACGAUGUACAAUGUCGACGGAGAUGCGGUCGACCUGUUGCCAGUGGUUCCCGGAAUGAUCACCGGGUUGCAUUGGGCCAGCAAGGGCUCGCACAUGCUCAUUGUCGCUUCAGACGGGAGAGGAAAGACCGAGUUAGCUUUGUGGGACGACUCGAAUCGAUCUGAGGAAAUGCCCCUACCCGAGGUGAUUGAGGGCGUGGUCUACGAUCUCACGUGGGUUGGUGAUAACCAGGUCUAUGCCUGCGGUGAUGGCGUGGUUUUCCAGUGCGAUAUCGAUUCCAGCAUUCACAAUGUGAAGAAAUUCACCUCCCCCAACGCGGACACGGUGUGGUCCCACAUCCAGGGUACCAAGCAAGCCGCCUCACCAGUCGUUGUCGCAGCGUCAUCUUCCCCAGCCAGUAUCUGGGUCCCGACGCACGACAUCUAUGUCGAGGAUGCGCACCGCGCAGACAUCACGGCAAUCGAACUCCGCCCUCAACCUCAGUCCUCUGAAGUGCAGGCGUCGACCUCUCUGCUUUUGGCAUCUUCAUCCUUCGAUGAUACCGUCAAGAUCUGGAAUAUUGAUCUGAAAUCGAAACAGAUUACCUGCCUUCAUCAUCUGUCCCUGGACCCCGGUGUGCCUGCCCUCGCCAUGUCCUUCUCACCAGACGGGUAUGCCAUUGGAGCUGCCAGCACGGACAAGCUGUUCAUCUGGAAUGCGGAACGCGGUGGUGAGCCCGUGGCAACCUGGACGGCUCCCACCUCUGCUGGUCCGAAAGAGGAAGGUCCAGAAAAAACUGCCAACGGGGAGAAUGGUUCGGCGGACGUGCUUCCGUAUCGCAGUCUCGCGUGGGAUACGGACGCAAAGAAGGUUGUUAUGGGCUUCGGAAAGCAGAUACUCAUACCAGUUUUUACAGAUGGCCGUUAUUAA